CCACAUUUGGGGACUUGGGGCAAGUUGGAGUCCAUUCCCUUUUCAAGUUGCUUGCACUCGUCGGUCACCUGGUCAUAGAAGUUUAAAACCGAAUGCAAAAGGACAAACAUCGAUGCAUCCCGUCGUCCCCCGCAUUCCUUUUUCCAGAACCUUUGCUUUCGAUUGUGACUGGUGAGUAGCUUGGGGUUAUCGCUUUUCUUGGGCAAACGAUACUUAGCUUUCUUGUCUAUUAGGACUUGAAUUUUGCUUGGUUGAGCCCCUCCUCAGGUUAUUUCGUAUCACCGACCCUGGUAACCAACCACCUCAAACAUCGAAUCUUGAGUCACGAGAAUCAUGGCGGCCAUAGAGCGAGAACCUCCAUCGUCCAUCGAGGGGUCCAGCCCCAACCGCCCGCAAAUGUUUCAUCGGAUUUCAGACAACGCCAUUGACGAGUCCUCGGACGCUGAUAGCGAUUUCGUCAAGUUGCAGAAAACCAUCAGCAAGGAGAGGCGGGAAGCUAGGGAGAGCCCCCAAGCUCGGUUGCAGCGAGCAUUCCCCUUCACCUUUCACCCCAACAUCAGACCCCUCAGCACGUCUGACUACGAAUCGUGUAUUGCCCUGGAGAAUGCCGCCUUUCCGGACCCAGAACACAGAGCUACACCUGAGAAGUUCCUUUACCGACUCUCAACCUGUCCUGAGCUGAGCCUGGGUGUCCUUUGCACAGUGGUGCCAGACAAAGCCAAGAAUUGGACAAUCGAAACCUUGGAUGCUGCCAAGCCUGUGGAAACAGAUCGUCCCAAUGGCGCAAAGAGCGUACUGGUGGCACAUAUCGUGUCUACGCGCUGCGCCGGAGACACCAUCACAGACAAGGAUAUGGAUUAUCCAAAAGACUGGCGCAUUCGUCGCGGUCGGUCGGCAGACGUAGGACAUCAAGAGAGUGGGCGUACCGUUGCGAUGCACUCCUUGGCCGUGGCUCCAAAGCUUCAUGGAUGUGGAAUUGGCCAGAUGAUUGCCAAGGCCUACCUGCAACAGAUGAAGGACGCGGGAGUGGCUGAUCGCGUGGCGCUGAUAUGUCAAGAUUACCUUGUUUCCUACUAUGAGCGGCUUGGGUUCAAGUGUAUCGGCAAGAGCCCCGCCCAGUUCGGAGGAGGUGGAUGGCAUGACAUGGUCAUCGACUUAGCGAAGUAUGAAGUGAAAGUCGGCAAAACCCCGUCCUAGUGGGUAUCAUAUGGUAUUCCAGAACGGCAAAAUUCCUGAAACCAACAAUUUGUGGCGGGGCCCAAAACUUGUUGAAUCCAGAUCAGAUCUUCUAUAGGAUCCCAAAGUCGGCGGGUAGCUUCAUUGGAUGCGCAAAUAGAACCAGACAACCCCAUUUUCUUCUUCUUCUGGAGUGUCAGCCACAGGUUUGCUGUUGUGGCUAUGGUCAAAGGGUUUGGGGAAACGUA